CCCCGGCGCCGCCCGGCUAGGACUAUGCGGGCGCCCCCGGCGCGCGGCCCCCGUGGGCACCAUGAGCCCCCUGCUCCGCCGUCUGCUGCUCGCGGCGCUUCUGCAGCUGGCCCCCGCCCAGGCCCCUGUCUCCCAGCCUGAGGCCUCUGGCCACCAGAAGAAAGUGGUGUCAUGGAUAGAUGUGUAUGCUCGUGCCACCUGCCAGCCACGGGAGGUGGUAGUGCCCCUAACUCUGGAGCUUGUGGGCACCAUGGCCAAGCAACUGGUACCCAGCUGUGUGACUGUGCAGCGCUGUGGCGGCUGCUGCCCUGACGAUGGCCUGGAGUGCGUGCCUACUGGGCAGCACCAAGUCCGAAUGCAGAUCCUCAUGAUCCGGUAUCCGAGCAGUCAGCUGGGGGAAAUGUCCCUGGAAGAACACAGCCAGUGUGAAUGCAGACCAAAAAAAAAAGAGAGUGCUGUGAAGCCAGACAGGGCUGACACUCCCCACCACCGUCCCCAGCCCCGCUCUGUUCCGGGCUGGGAUUCCGCCCCAGGAGCACCCUCCCAAGCUGACAUCACCCAUCCCACUCCAGCCCCAGGCCCCUCUGCCCACGCUGUACCCAGCGCCACCAGCGCCCUGACCCCAGGACCUGCCACUGCCGCUGCAGACGCCGCAGCUUCCUCCGUUGCCAAGGGCGGGGCCUAGAGCUCAACCCAGACACCUGCAGGUGCCGGAAGCUGCGAAAGUGACACAUUGCUUUUCAGACUCAGCGGGGCCACUUGCCUCACAGGCCAUACCCCAGAGGGGGUCUAGAGAGCAGCCUGGUGAGAACAGCCCAGCCCUCCAAGACCUCAGCCCAGGCGGACGCUGCUCCAGGACCUGAGCCUCUCAGAGGUUUUUCUGGUCGUCCCUUGUCUCUGCAAGGCUGCCAUCCAACACAGUGGGCAGAGUUGGAGGAAACUUGGAGGCAAGAGGGAUUACGUACCAACGUGGGAGAGAAUGGGGUCCUGUCUAAGUGUUUAACCACUCUGUGCAGAGAGCAUCUUAAAACUGGCCCCUCCCUGCCCUUACUAAGAAGACCGUGGUCCUCUGCAAAUAACGGGAGUUGGCUUUCAGUAUGAGAACUAUGACCCCCAAUUCUGAUAAAAGAGAUGGAAGGAGCUGUCCCUGCCUGUGUCACUGUUUGUCACUGUCCAGGCUGGCUGGUUCAGGCAUGAAUGUGUCACACUGCCUUCUAGACCCAAAGCUGCUUACUCUUCGCUGUGCAGAUGGAGUAAAUGAGGCCCAAGGUCCCGCACCAAGUCACAGAGCCCAAAUGUGUAUUCGUCACCUUCACGUUGUUACUGCCAGGCCUUAGGGACUCCCUGUCCCCGUUUAUUACAAGGGUUUCUUUCUGGGAGGUGAGCUUCAGAUGGGAACCAGAUCUGCUGAAUGACCUUGGGUGUCACUGCCCCUCUCUGUCUGAGCCUCAGGUUUCAACAUGUGCACAUGGAGGGAACAGAUGAUCGCUGGGGUCCUGGUCCUUUGGCCCCAGGAACGUUUGAGUGAAUCUUAAAACACCCUCCUCC